GAGUGAAGAAGAAAUAGAAAAGAAAAAUAAAAAAAAAACAGCUUUAGAAGGAGAAGAAGGGAAAUGGCGGAUGGACGGAGAUGAGAUGGAGCUAAAUGAAGAGAGUGAUGGUCCUCCUCGUCGGUGGAGCGGUGGCGUAGAAGGCUACUGGUAUUGGGCGGGGGCAAGUUCGGUCCAAUUAUUAUGGGCUAUUUUAUCUCUCCGGCGAGGUUAUGCAGGCGAUUCUCGUUUAAUGCCUUUUAAAGCCUUCGGCGUGGCAUCCCUCUUCGUUGGCUCCGCCGCUUCCGCCACCAUCGGUUCUCUCCGAGCCUCUGGCAUCCACUCGGUGGAUGACAUGAAGACUCUAGGUGCAAAUAUAAGGUCUGGGCUUGGAAUACGACCAAGAGCACAAGACAAUUAAUUAUGGUUAUGUCAUGGCAAACCUAUGGCAUUCAGGAUCUCCCUUCCUGAUCUUGCCCUGAAGUGCUCGCAAACACAAAGCUCAUCAUUGAAUUUUUAAUCCUUCGUGGUAGUGGAGCUCAGAAGCAAUCUUUCUUGAGAAGUACUCUCUCCUUUAGCAAUAUGACGAUUUUGUGCAUUUUUAGUGCAUGAUGACUGUUGUUUUAAAAUCCCUCUGAAUGGAUGCUUUUGGAGGUGUACUUUUAUGUGAUAGUGGCCAUUUUAAUGUUUCUUUUAGUUUUAA